CGAAGGAAUGCAAGUUGAAGGUUCCCUACUGAAUUCAUCUGGAGAAAGAACAUACAGAGUACAACACCAUAUAACAUUUUUGGCUUACCAAAAAUUGUAUUCUAAGGAAGUUGAGGGAGGAGAGGACAUGGAGUUGAGACCAACGUAAAAUAGCAGAGCUAACACUACUGUCAAGUAAGUACUCCAUGGCAUAGGUUGGCACAACCAAUCCCCCCAGUAAAAAGCAGAAUCCAACUUACAACUAGGCUUACUCAUCUUCUGAUUUUCUCAAUGCAAAAGAGGAGCAGCUAAAGCAAUGCCAUAGGGCCACUGGUUGCAAUUAAAAAUGAGGCCGAAAAUGUUGAAUCCAAGAAAAUGAAAGUAGCAGCAACGGCUGUAAUGGAGGCUACAAUACCAUAAAGUUCAGAGGAUCUGGGGCUAUGAUCUCCAGACACACCAAACCCAGAAGCGGGUUUGUCAUCAGGAUCAAGAAAGGAUACAGUUGCCUUGCCUUCCUCCUCUUUGAAAAACUAAAGCACCUCAUCUCCUCUCCCAUGGAAACUCACUGAAACCAGAUCUUCCUUGUCUUGCAUUUUAAAAGGAUCCACAGACCAGCAAUGCUAGUCGAUCUUUAGGAACAAUGGGCUCAUAUUGUUUCCUGGGCUUUCUAAACUGGUGGGAAAAGAAAACCCGACCCAACCUGCGCCGUAUACUUCGGGAGAGAAAGACAGAGUCUUGAAGGGGUUUUGACUUUUGACUUUUGAGUAAUAGGGUUUAGUCUUGGGAAGUUGGAGGGAGGGAUCGAGUUGAUCUUGCAUCUCAAGCCCUUAUCGUUCCAGUCGGUGGUCUAAAGGCAGAGUAGACAACUAUGUGUAUUGGCUUUAGGAAAGCUAGUGAGUGUUAAGAGAAGGGAACUUGCAGACUUUAUUUGAAAAAGUGGAUUGGCAUGAACAUUCCUGAAAGAAUUGCAGUCAGAUUGCCACAGCUGGUCUUCCCCUCCUCCGAGGUGCUCUAUAAUCACAAUCGUGUCCCAAAGUUGGGGUUUGUGCCAUUUUUAACACAUAAAAGGCAUUUAGGGCUGGGGCUGGGGCUGGGGUUUUCAAAGAAAAUGAGUUCGAGCAUGGAGAAUUGUCAUGUUGAUGUUCAAAAUAAGUUGGAGGUGGUUCGGCCUGCCACGGAAGUUUAUGCGCAAGAAGCAAUUGAAGCUCUCAAAGCUGGGAAGGUGAUUGCAGUACCCACAGAUACACUGUAUGGAUUUGCUUGUGAUGCUUGUUCUUUGGAAGCAGUCAAUAGAAUUUAUGAAAUGAAAGGACGUAAGCAUACAAGUCCUCUUGCAAUCUGUGUUGGGGAUGUGUCACAAAUACAACACUUUGCGGUCACUGAAUAUCUGCCUCAUGGCUUACUUGAUUCUCUACUUCCAGGGCCUGUGACUGUUAUAUUGAGGCGAGGGGAGUCGAGCGCACUUGAGAAAUCCUUGAACCCAGGAUUGGAUAGUGUGGGAGUCCGUGUACCAGAUUGUAACUUCAUCAGGGUAGUUGCUCGUGGUUUGGGAAAAGCAGUUGCCCUUACAAGUGCAAACCUUAGUGGGCAGCCCAGUAGCCUUUGCAUCAAGGAUUUUGAGAACCUCUGGAACCGUUGUGCAUAUGUUUAUGACGGUGGUGUUCUUCCAUCCAAUCGUGCAGGAUCAACAAUUGUGGACCUCACCAGGCCAGGAAAGUACAAGAUUCUUAGACCUGGAAGCGCUAAGGAAGAGACUCUGGCAAUCCUUGAAAAACAUUCUCUGGUCGAGGAAGCUCCGGCGACUUGAAGAAAACAUUUGAGACUAACUAUUGUGUUGUGGAGUAUCAUCAUUGAGAGAUUCUUUUAAAAAAUAUCUUUAGGAUUUGGGGGUGGGGGAUCCUGGGUUUUGAACCUGGUUCUCUCACUCUCACAGAAAAUGAUCAUAUGAUCAAGUCAAUGUAUGGCAUGAACUAGUAACACUAGCUUAGAGUUGUUGUUAGUCAAAUAUAAACAGAGAAACAUUGUUGACUGGUUUUUGGUUCCUUUUGAUGCCUAAAAACAACACCCCUGACGUGUUUUUAGCCUUUUCUAA